AUGUUCGUGCGCCAGGUUUUGAAUAGGCAGUACCAGUUUAAAACGCUGGAUAUUGCUUUAAAAAACCAAAUCACUGAGCAAUGCCAAUGCUUUGUAAGCGAAUUGAAUCAUCGGUUACCAAAGGAAUCUCAACUCGACUUGUCGUUACAAAUCCCCAAGAAAGUACCCUAUUAUCAUAAGCAUGUACUCAUGCUCACCCCAAAAGCUGGAGAUUGGAAGAAAUGGCCUUCCAAGAUCGAAUUGGCAAUAUCUUUCCCGUUCAAUCUGGUAGGACCCUUAAAAUCUAGCUUAAAGAAUACAAACACCGGAAGCAGCAUACUAGUUAACGAACUCGAUUUACCGGGAUUCCACUCAUCUGAGAAAGAGAUAAAAUUCCUUGUGAUACCAGAUAUGAAGAUAUAUACUGUUGAUCCAUCGCAACUACCGCAGUUCUCCACUUUUCUGGGUGAAGGAAACUUAGCAUCAUCCUCUCACAAACUCUCAUUUGCCGACUAUUUGCAAGGAUCCGAUAAAGUCAACCCAGAAUCCCAAGAAGGUGAGAACCCAGGAUCUGAUAUUAAUCUUGCAUCCCAAUUUAAGACUCAAGAUUUCCAUCACGAUCUAAUUCUAGUAUGUGGGCACUACAAUCGUGAUGCAAGAUGCGGGGAACUAGCACCUCUGCUUAUAGAUAAGCUAAACUCAAUAAGGCCAACCUUGAAAACAGGAAUUGUGUCGCAUGUCGGAGGACACAAAUUCGCUGGGAACAUUAUAUAUUAUCAGUUCAAUGGAGUUAAUAACAAGAACAAAAACAACACCUGUGAUGUUGAAGGAUUAUGGUUCAGUAAAGUGCUUCCGCAGAACUUAGAGACCGUUCUCGAAAAUUUAGAUCAGAAUAUAAUAUUACAAGAUUUCUAUAGAGGCCAUAUAUCGUACACUGGCUAUAAAUAG